AUGUUAUCGUUUUGCUUUUCCCUGCUGGCAGCCACGCUUGUGCCUGUGGCGGCGGCAGUUGCUGCAGGUCCCGCCGCGUGCUCCAAUAUCACGACUCAGCUCGGCUCCUCCAAAGUCGUGGCCAGCCCGCUCAAUCUGAAAUAUAUCGAUAGCAUCGAGUAUUGGAACACCCUCCAGGAUGCCUACCAGCCCUCGUGCGUGGUCUAUCCCGCGUCGGCCCAGGAUGUGUCCGUGGCGCUGCAGGCCAUCCGCGCUGCAGACAGCCGCUUUGCCAUCAAGGCCGGCGGACACAACCCCAACACCUUCUAUUCCUCCGUCGACGCCGGCGUGCUGCUCGACCUGAGCAGCAUGACAGCCAAGUCCUACGACGCGGACACCACCCUGGCCACGUACGAGCCCGGCGGUGUUUUCGGCGACGUGUAUGAAUACUUUGUGCAAUAUAACCGGACCGUCGUGGGCGCGCGCCUGGCGGGCGUGGGCACCGGGCUGGCGCUGGGCGGGGGCAUGAGCUAUCUGUCGCCCCAGUACGGCAUGGCCUGUGACUCCUUCCGCGAGCUGGAGAUCGUCCUCCCCGACGGCCAGAUCGUGACCGCGUCCAAAGACUCCAACCCGGAUCUCUUCUUCGCCUCGCGGGGCGGCGGCGGGAACGCAUACGGCGUGGUGACCAAGUAUACCGUGCAAAGCCGGCCAGCCGGCGAAUUCUAUGCCGGCAACAUCAUCUACACCUUCCCGCAGAAGGACUCGGUCAUCGAGGCCAUCGGCAACUUCAUCCAAUACAACACCGACCCCAAGGCCGCCAUCAUCGGCACAUACGAGAAGCUGCCGACCCCAGACCUGAACCUCAACCUGGACGAGGCCAUCAUCAUGUUCCUCGUCUACGACGGACCCGAUCCCGGCACCGCCUUUGACAACUUCACCAGCAUCCCCUAUCUCCUCAACACCUGCAGCAUCAAGACCUACCCCGAGGUCGUCGACAUGCCCAUCCCCAUGGCCACCGAGCUCUCGCGCGGCGCCAACAUGUUCCGCGUCGGCGUGCACCGCCCCGGAAACAACUCCUAUGAGACCGCCCUCAACAAGUGGCGCGCCUGGGCCGAGGACAACAAAGGCAAAUACCUCCUGCUCUCGCUGGACUUCCAGCCCGUCCCCAAAAGUCUGACGGACGCCAGCAAGGCGCAGGGCGGGAACGCCAUGCAGAUGCCGGACGGGCCGUGGUUCUGGCUGAACUAUCUGAUUACCACGCCGGUGGGCAUGAGCGAGCCGGACUACAACGCCGUGCAGCAGAGUUAUCGCGAUAUGGUGGCGGACACGGGGAAUGCGGAGGGCUUGCCGUUGUUUAUUAAUGAUGCGAACUAUGACCAGAAUCCGCUGCAGACAUUUUCGACAUUUGCAAAGUUGCAGGAGAUCAAGAAAAAGUAUGAUCCGGAUAACUUUUUUGCGGAUAAGACGGGGGGUUGGUCGUUUGCUUAG